CAGCAAGGUAUGUCAUAGAGUAAAGUUGAUUUUAGAAAUCUUGUUCUCCUAGAAAAAAAAUAAUAUAGGGUUUAACUUAUCUAGUAUUCCGAUCAUUUCCAUACAGUCUUUUGAUAAUUUCAGUACAUAAAUACAUUCGUCUGUUUUGUCUGUUUCCAUUCUAAACACUAAGUAGUGAGCAAAUCGGGUCUGAAAUUACUCAGAUAUCGUACUCUAUAUAUUCAAAUUUAAUGUUGCUGUUAUUAUGGCAUUGCGUUUGCAAAAAGACUUUGUACGCAAUAAAAUGAACAAACUGUUGAAAAUGGAGUACACUUCAGUUUUCACUGUCAUGCAAGCUAGCCAAUUGAACUUUUGACGGAAGGGUUGGCGGGACCUGGAAUAAGUCUUUUAGAACAAAAAUUUUGUUUGUUUGUAUGAGUCAUGAUAUUUUUCCUCAGAACUUUUUUUUCAGAAUAUACCAAAGACAUUAUUUUUUCUUCAAAAUACGUUUAGUUAUGCAUUUGUUAUUAAAAAAACUUUUAAGCGUGAUAAAGAUAAAGUUAGGUUCUGUGCCUAAGUACAUGAAAAAGCUAAAUACUAGUCUUUGUUUUUUUACUUCCUUGAGCACAAUGGUUCAAAUCUGCAUACCAAAAUAAUACAUACAUGAACACAUACAUACAUACGUACGUACGUACUUUUGCAUAUUGUUUAUGAUAGUGGUUAGAAUUUACGUCAGGCUGCCGCUUUGAAUUGCAAGCAUGAAUACAUAUAUGUAUGAACGUUUGUAAGUAUGUUUGACUGAUACAUAACAAUACGGGCCACCAGCGGCAAAGUAACCGAAAAAAUUGGGGGAGAUUAUGUAAGGCGGAACCAUUCUUGCAAUAGCUGGUACAGGGGUCCUUGCUUAAAUUUUUAUAUUUAAAACGCUAAUUCUUGGGCUCUGGUGAGUUUUGGGAUGAAUUUAUUGUCAUAAAAUAAAGUAUGUUCCCCUAGAUAUGGAAUUUUACGCUGUUCUUUUAACGAUAUAGAUUGAGUAGACGUUUAAAUUCUUCGUCAAAUCACGUGGUUAAACACUUUUUAGAGAGCUAAAAGGUUUGUUGAAGUUAGAUUAUUUAUUAAAUGCCUUAAAUCUUUUAACCAUCUGGCUCUUAUAUGAAAGAAUGUAACGUUCUCACUUUAAGGUACAAAUCUUCCAGUAAAUGAUAAUAAAAUAUGUUUCAGCAAUAUUAUUUCCUUAAAACAUAUUAAAAGCUUAGGACAUAUAAAUUUGUUUCAAACAUGGUACACAUUUAAAUGCCUUCAAGGAUGUAAAUAUACCUUAAAUUCUUUAAGAAUAUAGUAUUUACAGACUUUAUGGAACUGUUAAUUUAAAAUUAAAUUUUGUAUUCAUGUUUAAUUGUAGAAUUUCCAAUUGCGAUGAUGCUUGGUGCAUGAGUGUGAUUGUGCUCAAAUUAAAUAAAAUUAUCCAUCCUCCAUUUGAACGUUCGAACACGGUGCCUUUGUGGUUACAUUUGAUUUGAAAUAUUUGCAUAUCACUUUUCUGCGUGCUAGUUCAUUCAUUUCAUUGUGUGAUUCAUUGCAACAGUGGCAAAGAGCACUUGUUAUAAGGGCUGUCAACCUACACACAUACUGACCAUAUAAAGAACAAUUAGAGCAAGCUUUUCAUAUAUUUUAAUGAUCAUCUAUACUUUUAGCAUUUAUAUUUGUCAGAUGUCUCAGUCACUGUCCUAGCACAUGAAAAACACAUAUACAGGGAGACAGUGGCGCUAUGGUUAGCAGGUUGGACUACAUCGCCAGCGGUCCUGGUUCAGUGGUCCUGGUCCCGGCUGAUAUUCCGACUAGUUUUCAGUGCUGGGUGAUUUACUUGAAUUCCAGCAGCAUCGGCCUAGACUGGAUGCUGGAGAAGUAAAUAUGACACCUUCCGUGGGCUCGGCUGGAAAUAAAUUGUUCCAUCCAUUCCAGUUCGAAGAUGUCGUUGAACUGAAUGUCGGUGGAAAGCUAAUGACAACGUUGCUGAAUACGCUAAGACAUGAACCUGACAGUAUGCUGGCCGCCAUGUUUAGUGGACGUCACGUGAUCAGUAAGGACAAAGACGGUCGCUAUUUCGUAGACUGUGAUGGUGAAGUGUUUACAUACAUCUUAGAUUAUCUCUGUUUUGGCAAAUUAAAGUCGCAGGAAAAGGCUGUAGAUGUUUAUGACCUCGCCAAGUAUCUUCAAGUUAUGUCACUAGCGGAAAAAUUGGAAACCUAUCAUUCCGUGAAAUAUCGAAAUCAAAUUGCCGAACCUAAAACACAGUUUGAAGAUGUCGUCGAACUGAAUGUCGAUGGAAAGCUAAUGACAACGUUGCUGGAAACGCUAAGAAAGGAACCCGACAGUAUGCUGGCCGCCAUGUUUAGUGGACGUCAAGUUGUCAGUAAGGACAAAGACGGUCGCUAUUUCGUAGAUUUUGAUGGUGAAGUAUUCAAGUUCAUCUUAGAUUAUCUCCGUUUUGGCAAAUUACCACCACAGGAAAUGGCUCUAGAUGUUUUUGACCUUGCCAAGUAUCUUCAAAUUGUGUCACUAGCGAAAAAGUUGGAAAUCUUUCAUUCCGUGAAAUAUCGAAAUCAAAUUGCAAAACUUAGAAAACUGGUAGAGAGCAAGGGAUAUCAAAAAGUGAAAGAAAAAGCUAUUAAUGCAAUUGAAAAGAGUAAUGUCGGUCCACAAGAAAACAAAGUGUUACAUUUUUUUUGUAGUUACGGUCACUGUUGUUGUAUCCCUAAUAUGGACAGAUGCGAAACGCCCGGUGAUUUUACUACUUCUGUCAACAUUUUGAUUGACAUUGAAAGUACGUAUCUGACAGAAGACAUGAUGGCGUUACUAGCACACGAGCUAUGUAAACUUGGUUUUGCUAAAUACACCGUUACUAGGACAGUGAACAAUCAUUGCAAGAAAUGCAGGAGCGAUAAGGAAAUUAAACAGAUUAAACUCCUUACACAUUAACUGUGAAUUACUGAAACAAUAACAUUAAAUUUAUUACAGACUAACUGUAACCACGAAGAACAAUGUCACAAACAUGUCAGUAACAUGUUUUUAAAGCUUUUAUAAUAAACAUUUUACUUUUGUACAGCAAUGCGUUCACUAUUGUAAUAUAGAAAGCUGAAAUACUUACAUAACAAUAGUCAAAAACAUUAGUUUAAAGUGGAAAAACUAUAUACAUAAAUAUGAAGUAAGAUACCUAUCAUUGACUAUAUCUUUGAUACUGACUGUCUUGAUUACGAUCCUGGUGCAGUUAACCUCUGACAACAAACAAAACAUAACAUAAUAACGUGCUAGAAGAGCGUGAGGUGUGUUGUGCGUUUCAUUACCUUGCCUUACACUUCCUUGGUAAUUUUUAUAAUAUGACGUAAAUUCUAACCACUAUCAUAUAUAUACACAAAGCAAAUCUAUUUCUACUGUCUGUCUGUUUGUUUAAAUGUAUGUAUGUUUGUAUGUAUAUCAUAUGAUUGAUAUGUAAAUAUAUUGGCCACAAGAGGUAUAGUAACCCGAAAAUGGUUGAGGAAAUUAUGUAAGGCGGAGCUAACCCUGCAGAAGGGGGCACAGGGUUCCUCCUAUGAAAAUUGUGACAUUUAAAACUUGUUGUGUAAAUAUUAGUCAAUAAAUGAGUGUUCCGUUAGCACGGUAACUUACGCUGUUCUAUUAACGAUAUAGUAUGUUUUAAUUCUUCAUGGAAUAACAUUGUUGAAUCACAUUUUUUCGACAACUAGGAAUAUUGUUUAUGUUGGGAUAUUUAUCAUAGAUGCCUUAAAACUUUGAACCAUCUAGCUCAUAUGUCAAAGAUUGCAAUGUUCUCACUUGAAGAUGUUAUAUAGUAUUCAUCUCAUUAUGUGUGUUUCUUUUUUACUAUCAGUUGUAUAAUGCAUGACUUCUGUAUACCGAAAUCCUUGCUGACAUUGAAUGACUGAUUAGCACUGUAAGACUGGGUACUGAUUUUGUUCUUAUAUAACUUUGUAUUAUUUAUGUAUGUUCUAUACCCGUCUAUAAUGAUAAUAAAUACGUUUCCGCAUACAUGGUUGUUUGGCUGUAGAAUUUCCGGAUAUUGACGUUACGGUAUUUGCUGUUAAGGGAUUUCAUCGCGUUUUGUUAAGAUAAAAAAUGCUGAAAAUACUACUACCUUUCAAGUACUUUUCAAAUAAUCAGAAUAAGUUUUUGUUUCUGUUUGGUAUACUGACUUUUUGUCAUGUACGUAUUAUAUGUCAUACCAACUGAAAUAAAGUUCAACAAUUUCGAACUACUGAGUUGUCAACUGAUUUGUACAAGAACGUUAGUUUUCAUAUUUCAAACAUUUAGGAACUGAGAAGGGAUAUGUUUUUUCUGUUGUAAUUAAAUCUAUUGCCUAGUAACUUUACGAGAUGAUCAUUAAACGGCUUAUAAAAUUUAUAUAAAAGUUUGUAUGUUUGAUGCCACAUUUCUCCAACCUCUGCUUUACGCUUAAAGUUUGUAUUUGCCUCUGUCCGUCCUGCGAUCUUUUCCAUCAAACC